AUUGUAGGUAGGAUACGCCUAGAUCAUGGUAUAUUGUAGAUAGGAUACGCCUAGAUCAUGGUAUAUUGUAGAUAGGAUACGCCUAGAUCAUGGUAUAUUGUAGAUAGGAUACGCCUAGAUCAUGGUAUAUUGUAGAUAGGAUACGCCUAGAUCAUGGUAUAUUGUAGAUAGGAUACGCCUAGAUCAUGGUAUAUUGUAGAUAGGAUACGCCUAGAUCAUGGUAUAUUGUAGAUAGGAUACGCCUAGAUCAUGGUAUAUUGUAGAUAGGAUACGCCUAGAUCAUGGUAUAUUGUAGAUAGGAUACGCCUAGAUCAUGGUAUAUUGUAGAUAGGAUACGCCUAGAUCAUGGUAUAUUGUAGAUAGGAUACGCCUAGAUCAUGGUAUAUUGUAGAUAGGAUACGCCUAGAUCAUGGUAUAUUGUAGAUAGGAUACGCCUAGAUCAUGGUAUAUUGUAGAUAGGAUACGCCUAGAUCAUGGUAUAUUGUAGAUAGGAUACGCCUAGAUCAUGGUAUAUUGUAGAUAGGAUACGCCUAGAUCAUGGUAUAUUGUAGAUCAUGGUAUAUUGUAGGUAGCUGUAUCCUAUCUUGGAAGUUUUUUCUUCUUCUCCAUGUACAGGUAUGAAAAGAACAGUUUGUUGCUUUAACUAAACUGGAAAGGUGACUUCCCAGGUGUGUGUGUGUGUGUGUGUGUGUCAGAGAGAGAGAGAGAGCGCUUGCAACAGGUGUAUCCAAGAAAACAGGUAGGCUGAACCACUCCUACUUUUGUGAAGUCAGAAUAUGGUGUGAAAGAAACAACAUACGCUGUUUAUUUCAUUAGCCGUCAAUUAUUAUUUUGCCAAAACGCAAAAAGGAAUAGGCAACAAGUUUCGCACAGAGAGCAACUUUCAAAGGAUUUAUUGGAGUAAGAUGGACCAACCGCAGCAUACAACAUAUUAUUGAAUUAUAAACUUUGGUUAUACCUAAGAUCUAUACUGCUUUUACACUUCUUUACACUUAUCUUCAAUUUGGAAUUGGAUGAAAGAAAGUUGACUGUCUGAGGUGGAGCGGGACUUCUUGGACCAAUGUCCUGACUGAUUCCAGCAUUGUAAUAGACCACACACCUUUAGCCGUAUUCAGGACUAUAAAGGAGCAGUCGGGCGGACCACUCCACCGAACCGGGGAGAAUGACAUCACUCCUGUGCGGACUGACACCGCUGCUGUGGAUCCUUGGAAGUUUCAUUGCCGUGGUGCAGGGGGACUUUGAGCAACAAUCUCCCGUGCAGUCCUUGACCGAGGUUGAGACCCGGCUGCCCUGCCGGUUCAAGGUGGAAGUGGGCCAGGUGGUGGUUCAGGUCACCUGGACCAAGGAGAGAGCAGAUGGUACCAAGGAUCAGAUCAUUACAGUACACCACACUGCCGGACAAACAGAGUUUGGUCAGUACUCGGGGCGUGUGCGGUUCGGCAGCAGUGAGCCCACAGUGGACUCGUCUCUGAUCAUCAUGAACACUGUGGAGUCAGAUGAGGGCACGUACAACUGUCACAUCAGCACCUUCCCCUCGGGGAACUUUGAACAACAGCUGUCACUCACCGUGUGGACCACGCCCAUCUCCUCCCUGGACCCUGUAAUUCUUGUCGAGGGCCAGUCCUUUCGAUUGGCUGCCUCCUGCCGCUCCGUGGCCCGCCCCCCACCCAUCCUCAACUGGGACACAGACCUGACGGGCCUGUCACAGAAUAGGAGUUCGGUGGGCGGGUCAGUCUCCACCCACUUCUCCCUGCACCCCCUGAGGAGUAUGAACGGGAUGAGGCUGGACUGUCUGGUGAGGCACCGUGCUCUGAAGGAACCCCGCAGGAUCACCAACAACCUGGUGGUGCACUAUCCUCCUAAUGCAGAGAUCUCUGGGUUUAAUCAUAACUGGUAUGCUGGUCUGGAGGGAGCUGCCCUCAGCUGUGUCAGUGGAGGAAACCCCAAACCACAGAGUUUCACCUGGACCAGGAAGGGUGGAGACUUACCAGAGGGCGUUACGGCAGGGAAUGGAUCCCUGCUGUUCAAUAGGCCCCUCGGUUUGACAGACGCUGGUAUCUACCAAUGUGUGGCCUAUAACGUUGUGGGGACCGGGAAAGCAGAGGUGGAGAUCACUGUGACGGAGUUUCCUCAGAAGCCGGUGUUUUUCAACAGUCUCCUGAUGAUCAUAGUUGGCGGGGUGGCUGGAGGACUGCUACUCAUCAUGGUCAUCAUAGUAAUCUCAGUGACCCGUUACCACAAACGCAAAAACAAGAAACUGGAGAGAGAAUUGAAUGUGAAGAAGGAGGAGAUCAGUACACUCUCCAGGCAGGCCUCUUUCAGGAGAGUCAACUCAGUCAGUACGGAUGCUAGAGGACAGAUGGAGGAGAAUAUCCCUCUCAGAGUGGAGGGUACACUGCGGACCAGUCUGUCCUCUCUAGGGGAUCCAGGGCGCAUCAGGGACAGUCGCUCUACUCUGGUAGGGGGAGGUGGACUAGACUACCUAGGUCGACCUGUUCUGAACAACUCUUCACGACGAGGGAGGGAGAACAGAGCCAUGGACAGAGAGGAGGAGAACAGACUUAGGGUGGAGUCAUACGUACGGAAUAGCACUAUGUCUUUGGGAACCCGUCUCCACCUGCCAAUCCAACCCUCUCCCUUCCCAAUGGAACAGUCCACCAAGCUGCUGAGGUCCCUGAACGGCAGCGUCAUCAUCCCAACAGAGGGGGGUUUACAUGCACGGAACUCCCCUCUCAGCUGCAGCUACCCUCCUGUCACAGACGACGAACAGGAGGAGGGUGAAAGUGUGGAGGGGGAGCGGGGGACAAGCUCCAGGAUGAGUCGUUUAGAUCAGGGGAGGUCAGAGGACCAGGACAACAGUUCUCAGAUCUCAGACGCGGAACGUGGACACAACCAUCACUUCCAGCAGAACAACGGAACGCUGAGACCCAAAACCCGGCCCAACGGCAUCCCAUCCCCACACGCCUCCCUCAUCCAUAAGGCCCAGAUUGUAUAGAUGGGUCCGGGCAAGAGCAGGUGUCGCACUAUACGACAAGGAUUGGUUGUGACUUUGGGAUAGGCGCUCGCCGGUGUGGUGGCAUACCCCGGUGGCAGCCAGUUUACCUCCUUUUCACUUCUAGAACAUCCCUUGCCUCCGCCUCGAGCUCUCAGACAUUUUUGAUCCAACAUGUAGAGGUUCUUAUUGGUGAACAGAUAACGCUUCUGAUUGGUGUAGAGAUACAAAUAAGUAACACAUACGUUUCACAGGAGAAGAGCUGGACAAAUUAAAAGCUUAUGAAUGUCAGGUUGCACAUAGACCGAAGUAAUAAUAUGUUACUGUAUAUAAUAUCACAGCAAUAACUAUCACUACAGGAAGCAUCAAGAGGACUUUUACAUGAUUUUGUACCCUAAAAAGACUUUUUUUUUUACAUGUAUUUUUAUUAAGACUUGAUGACAGGACACUGUAACCGAGAAACAAGAUUUGAAUAUCAUCAAAUACUGUGACUCCUAACUGAACUCAGCGAAGAGGCAUUCAGUAGAAGCACCAAUAGCGCUUGCCCGUUCGAAAGAAUCUAUGUGUUGGUGAACUUUCACUCUCCUUUCCUCUGGAUGAGGGGAUACAACACAUACUGAUCUGUUCACCUAAUAUUGAGUCCAUCUUUCUAACUUUAAGUGUGGCAGGGGUUUAUUUAGAUAUACUCCUCCUUUCCAUGAACCUCUGUGUGCACAAACAACACUUUCAACUCGCUAUAGUCUUUGAUGCCAAAAGCCAAUGAGACUGCAUUUUCGCUGUGGAAAAAGUACCCAAUUGUCAUACUUGAGUAAAGUAAAGAUUACUCAAGUGAAAUUCAUCCAGUAAAAUACUAUUUGAGUAACAGUAUUUGGUUUUAAAUAUACUUAAGUACAUUUUAGCAAUUCCAUUUAUUUUUUCAUACUUAAGUAUCAAAAAUAAAAGUAUUACUCAUUUAAAAUUUCUUAUAUUAAGCAAACCUGACACGAUUUGCUUUUUAAAAUUGUUAUGUACUGAUAGACAGGAGCAUACUCCAACACUCAGACAUAAUUUACAAACAAAUAUUUUUGAGUGAGUUUUCCAGAUCAAAGGCAGUAGCGAUAACCAGGGAUGUUCCCUUGAUAAGUGUGUGAAUUGGACCAUUUUCCUGUCUGGCUAAAUGUUCAAAAUGUGACGAGUACUUUUGGGUGUCAGGGAAAUUGUAUGGAGUAAAAAGUACAUUAUUUUCUUACUGAAUGUAGUGAAGUAAAAGUAGUCAAAUAUAAAUAGUAAACUACAGAUACCCCAAAAACGACUUUAAGUAGUACUUUAAAGUAUUUUUUACUUAAGUAGUUUACACCACUGCAUUUUAGACAAGAGGUUAAAACAGCUUUGAUAUGAAAUGUUUUACACAACAGUGAGAUCCUAUGUGAAAGUCUACUAAAACUGAGGAUGUAAAAGCAUUGUUCUAUUUUCUUACACCAGACAUUUAGACAAUCAAACUGUUAUAUGCCUAUGUUUGUAUACAUACAGUUAAAAGAGCCUUUGCUUUGUAGGCCAAUAUGAAGUAUUAUUAUGUCUGAUUCUACUGUAUUAUAAUUCAUUGGCUGCAUCCGAAAUGGCACCCUAUCCCCUACAUAGCCCCUGGUCAAAAUAAGUGCACCAUAUUGGCAUAGGAGGCCAUUUCAGCCGCAGACAUGCUAUCGACCGACAUCUCUAUAAGUGGGUUUCUUUCACGCCGUACUCCAGUAAAUGGCUUAUUGUAGUUCCCUGGUUUGUACUGUAUGUAUGGGAUUCAUGUGUGGAACUUUGUUGUUUUAAUGCACAUGUACUUCUUUAGGAGAUUAGCAAUAUCGUUCUGUUUUCUAUAUCAAUUGUUCCGUUGUAUAAUACUGUAACACUGAUCUUUCUGAGUGAACGUAAUACCUACAUAGAAUGUAAGAGGUUGGAAGUAUAUACACCGCCCCCUGGUGUGCACCAGUGAAUAGUGCAAGAAAGUUCAGGGAUCUUGCUGUAAGGUCUGCAGACUGAGUUUUUCCUGGCGAGGUCACGUGGUCAUGUGAAAACCCCUGACCCAACCACGUGCUCCAUUAGCCACAACUGGGGCCUGUUCAGAAGGAUGUUGAUAUAGAACGUUCAGAUUCAGAAAUGUAUCGUGUCGAACAGACAUGAUUGGUAGAAUAAGGAAUCGUGUCAGCUCUAUUCAUUCUAUUUCUAUCUGCAACAACUGUUUCACAUCACUAAAACCAUCCCUGCAUAUCUUCUAAAGAUGGAGAUGUGUUCAUUCAGGGAGGGUGUAUGUCUGCUCAAUGUAUUAUUGUGAAAUAAACUUCUUGAGGGUU